AGCACCGAGCAGCCGGUCAAUGACCUCGCAGGCGGCGGGACCCAGCAGCUGGUGGUGGUGACCCGGGCGGGCGCUGGGGGAACUCCCCCAACAGCCGGUGGUAAUCCGGCGGGUGUUAGGACCCGGCGGUGCUCCCGCCGAGCGGCAGUCGAGCCCCCCUCCCGGUGGCGCCGAAGUCUGUGCGAGGAGCCGGCCGGCCGGAUCGGAGCCGCCGCUGGCCGCCCGCCCGCCCACAGGCACAUCCAGAGAGGACCCUGGCUGAUUCUUUCAUCUGUACCUACACAGGGUAUUCAAGGAAACCUCAGCUAGUGGCUUAGAGCACAACUGACAAAAAUUAUCUCACACAUAGAAAAUCCAACUGUAAAUACAGCCUGCCACAGAUGUCUAAAUCGUUGUACUUCUGUAAUUGCUUCACAUCUAGAGUAUCAUCAAGGGAAUAUAAAUAAACCACCAAUUCAAGCUGUAUGAAUUAAGAAUGUACCAGAAGAAACUUACAUAAUACCGUUUAUGGCACUGGCAGGUGCACUCAUGUCGUUUUGAAGCAUGCGUUUCACUUGAAGCAAGGGUCGAGAAUAAACAAUUGACAACUGCUUUAUCGAUGCUUCCUCUUUAUAACAUCAAGUUUGAGUGUACACCUACUCAGGAAACAGAGUACUGAGUGAAGAGUAUUGAAUCAUAAGACUGGGACUCCUGUUUGUUUUAGUGUUGGAACUCUUGGGAAUGCAAUAAAUUUUUCAGUUUCACGUGCCAGCACACCCAAUCUGCCCCAGAUUUAGUGGAGAAGGAGGCCUGCUCAAGAAGUCCUUGAAGUCUUGAAGAGCGUUUUCCCACCGAACUCAGCUGCGAUGUGUGUUAAGACAGCACUUGGAUAGAUUUUACGGGCUAUCAGGCUUGCCAUCCAUAAGGAAUACAGACUGCCUUUUUAAAUUUUUCUAUUUGGAUUACUGGUUUAUAUAACUUCUUGGUAUGAACACUGUGUGUUUCUGAAAAGAAUUUUGCAAGAAAGGCUGGCUUUGCCUUGAGUUUCUCUUGGCGUUUCUUCUGUUUGAUGCACUGAUUGUUCGUGGUGCACAUGUAAAGAACAUCCCGCACACGCCUUGCUUCAUCAUGUCAACCAACAGCAGUUCGUGCACGCCACCUGGUAAUGGACACGUAAAUGGUUAUCCAGUGCCCCAUUAUCCAUUCUUCUUUCCACCAGUCCUCGGGGGCCUUUCACCACCAUCCAUAAAUGGAUUGCAACACCAGCUUCCAGUCAGUGGCUACAGUACUCCUUCACCUGCAACCAUAGAAACGCAGAGUACUAGCUCAGAGGAGAUUGUGCCCAGUCCACCUUCCCCACCCCCUCCUCCACGUGUAUACAAACCCUGCUUCGUCUGCCAAGACAAGUCAUCAGGUUACCACUAUGGAGUCAGCGCUUGUGAAGGAUGCAAGGGUUUUUUCAGAAGAAGUAUCCAAAAGAACAUGGUAUACACCUGCCACAGAGAUAAGAACUGCAUCAUCAACAAAGUCACCCGCAAUCGGUGUCAGUACUGCCGGCUGCAGAAGUGCCUGGAAGUUGGCAUGUCCAAGGAAUCUGUGCGAAAUGACAGGAACAAGAAGAAGAAGGAGACUCCCAAACAGGAGUGUUCAGAAAGCUACACAAUCACACCCGAGACUGAGGAUCUAAUAGAGAAAGUCCGUAAAGCCCAUCAGGAAACCUUCCCAGCACUGUGUCAGCUUGGCAAAUACACUACUAAUAACAGUGCUGAGCAGCGAGUAACAUUAGACAUUGAUCUCUGGGACAAAUUCAGCGAACUCUCGACUAAAUGCAUUAUCAAGACAGUGGAGUUUGCCAAACAUCUUCCUGGAUUUACCACUCUUACCAUUGCUGACCAAAUUACCCUCCUCAAAGCUGCCUGCCUGGACAUCUUGAUUCUGCGAAUCUGUACCAGGUACACACCUGAUCAGGAUACCAUGACUUUUUCGGAUGGCCUUACCUUGAACAGGACACAGAUGCAUAAUGCAGGCUUUGGUCCCCUUACUGAUCUGGUUUUUGCAUUUGCCAAUCAAUUACUGCCACUGGAGAUGGACGAUGCAGAGACUGGGCUCCUUAGUGCUAUCUGCCUUAUUUGUGGAGACCGGCAGGACCUGGAAGAGCCUGAGAAAGUGGAUAAGCUGCAGGAGCCGUUAUUGGAAGCUCUGAAGAUCUACGUGAGGAAGAGGCGGCCAAACAAGCCACACAUGUUCCCCAAAAUGCUGAUGAAGAUCACAGAUCUGCGCAGCAUCAGUGCCAAAGGAGCUGAGCGGGUCAUCACCCUCAAAAUGGAGAUUCCCGGAUCCAUGCCUCCACUCAUUCAGGAAAUGCUGGAGAAUUCCGACGGCAUCGACCCUUCCUCCUCGCCUUGCAGCAAAAGCGGCGCAGCCCGGCCGUGCAGCAGCCCCAGCUUGUCUCCAAGCUCCGCCAGCAGCAGUCCCAACACUCAGUCGCCGUAGCUUCCCGAGAACACAAAGGAACAAGUGGGUUGGACUCUCGCUCACCUGGACGUUUGAAGUGUUUGUAAAAGAUGAAGUGUUCACAGGAGAACCACAGUAUUGUUUGCCACAUACUCUGCAGCUUGUGGAAGGCAGUUGCGACUGGGUUGGAACUUGCACCCUGUGCUAAGCCAUGCUGGAAGUCAAGUCCUUAACUAUGAUGGACAUCGAAUUCAGGGUUGUGCUGAGCAGCAGAUAUAAAAUGUUUGCACACAUGACACAUACAUGCAUACACUCACACCCAUGCACACACACAUGCACAUACACACAUACAUACACAUCACAUGUAUGCACACAUAGACACGUGUACACACACACAUACAUACACACACACACACACACAUAUAUAUAGAAAUAUAUCCACCCUCCAAAAUAGGAAUUAGCAGUUCUUAAAUCAGACUGCACUCCCGGUUGCAAGCCUUCAGCUUCUGGUUUUAGAACACGCUUUGAUUUACUGCUAGGAGAGAACUAUGAAGACCAUUUGUGUUUAUUUUUUUUUAAAUAUUUUUCCUCUCCUUUUGUUUAUCUUUCAUAAUCUCAUAUAAUACUAGUUGAUAGACUGGAUCACCAGCGCAAAAUCCAGUAGUAUCCAAAAAACGAGGAACUUGAACAAAGAAAAGUUUAUAUGAAUGAAACAUUUAAUGGAUUAUUUUUGUUGAACUGUUUAAAUUGGAUUUACCAGAGGAGGAAGAAACAAAAAUAUGAUGUCAUUACAUUUUUGAAAUGAGUUGCAUAUGAACUGGAAGAUAAUGAAGGUAGCUAGGUUACACUAGGGAUGUCUGUAAAUAUGCUGUUCAGUUUAAUGUACUCACAAGAGGUUCUUUUAUGCCUUUGUUGGUGGGAUGCUCAUUUUAAGCACAUUUAUUCUGAGAGAGGGCAUGAUUCUGAAGAACUGCGUAGGUCUCAAAUAUCCCACCCAGGACAUUGCAUGACAAGGAAGCUGUGAUAGUACGUAUGCAGGGUCACACUUCACGCCCCUUGUUGUGAUUGGAUGGCCGUGCCCUGUUUGGUAUCUAAGAGGGUCAGGCCUGCUGACGGGUAAGGAUCCCAUAUCCUUGGGUUUUAAUUGGCUGAAUGACGAGGUUGUGUGCCAACUUGGACUAUAAUUGUCCUUCAUGAACUAUUUGUCAGCGGGAGGGAGGAGUACAUUUUUUUUAAACAAACCUUUUAAAGUCUUCACUGAAGCGAUCAGCUCCCUCACAUAUACCAACCUAAGAAGCUAUCAGUGGAUUCAUUUGACUGCAGCUUGCACAGGAGGGGUCAGUCACGGCCAGUGGCAAAACAAAAGGGUUUGAGCUUCUCAGGAUUUGACCGUGGUGUACUGUGAUCGUGGACCUGCACAGUACUCAGGAUGUUCCGAUUGUUCAUUCAAAGGAAUGACCAGUCGCCUUUCGACCUCAGCUGGUUCGACUCUCGGUUAUCUUGUUAUAGUUAAGCUUUAAACUGCAUUUGGAGUUUUUUGAUACGUGAGACGGCUGAGUUUGAAGUCGGACCCAUUUUUCAAAGUGAAACAGGCAUAACUGGGUUUGUGCGCUGCCACAGGCUGGGCUCAGCACCACUCCACGAAACUCUGUUCCUUCACUCUCCUUGCAAAUCUCGACUGAAGUCAGGUAAGCCACUCUUCCAAGAAGGCACAGAGCUGGAUCCCUUGAUAUCUAUUUAGGGGAUGUGGGCGUCACACAGCAAGGUUGGCAUUUAUUGACCACCCCUAAUAGCUCUGAGAAGGGAUUGAUACUUUCCCCUUUGGAACUGCUGGGAGUAGUUUAAUGCAACUGAGAGGUAUAGCAAGGAAACAGGCCCUUCAGCCCAUCAAGUCUGUACUAGCUAUCAACCACCCACUUCCCCUAAUUUUACAUUAUUCCCAUUUUUUCUUUCUCCCCAUUAUUUUCCUCCACCUGCACUCUAGGGACAGGUUGCAGCAGCCAAUCAACCUCCCGACCUGCGCGUCUUUGGGAUGCGGCAGGAAACCAGAGCACCUGAAGAAAUCCCAGGCGGCUGCAGGGAGAACGUGCAAACUCCACACAGACAGCACCGGAGGUCAGAAUCAAACCCGGUUCUCUGGCGCUGUGAGGCAGCGGCUCUACCAGUUGUGCCACUGUGCCGCCCACAAGCACCGAGAACAGUUGGUGUUGAAUUAGAAUCACAGACCAGAUAAGGUUGAUGGCUUUGCUUCCCCAGAGGACUUGAGUGAACCAACUAGAACCAGCCCGAAAUGCCCUUCAUUGGCACCAGUAGUUCAUUGCCAUUCUUUUACACAAGGUGAAUUCAAAUUCCCAAACUAGUCCAGUAACAUGACCUUUUCCCAAGGCUCCUAUCUGGUGUCAGAAUGGAUGCAGCUCAGAAAACACCCCUUUCAAAUUAUCAAAACAAUUCAGACAAGGAUCAGGCAAGCAUGACAUUGAAAGGGAAGGACAAACUGAAACCAUUUUCAAUUGAUCUGGGUUCCUCUGUGAGAAGAUUGGACCCAAUGCUGGGCGGUGGGUGGGGAGGGGGUGGUGGUGGUGUGGCUGUUGGAAGAGUGUUAUUGAUGGGUUUUAUAACAUCAGCUUUGAGGGAAUGAUAUUGACCUUCAACCCUUCAUCAAAAUUAGAAAUCCACGUGCAGGUCCAAGUCCACUUCGCCACCAGAGGUCUUUUAUUCUGCGGCUGUUGAGGUCGGAGAUGAUGUGAUUUUUCAGUUGUUGACUGAAUGUAAAUCACUUUGACAAGGUGAAAAACUAGGAGGAUGAAGGAUCGAGGUUUUUAGCUCAGUUGUGAAGGUUAAACGUCACCUACCGAGUUGUCAGGAUUCGCUGUUUGGGUUGAGAUUUAGAUGAACCACAACUUUUAAAUUGAUGAAAGAAUCCUGUGCUUAAUAUGGAAGAACAGGGCUGCAUCUGCCAGGCACAGAAGUAUUUUGACUAGACCAGGGAGCAUUCACCUGGCACCAGACGAGAAGCUGUUUCACAAGAGCAGCUGACCUGACCUGCUUAGCCAGCUAGCUCCCCAAGUGCUUAUUGUUCCCUGACCUCCCCUGGGUCCCAACAACAUUCAGCAGUUUUUUUUAAAUGGGGAAGAUCUGAGUCCCAGAUUCAGAAUUUUGGAAGUUUUGGGACGGACAGGGUUCUGAGUCGGAGGCGACAGAUACCACAAGGGUUUGGUCUCAUCAUAGGGUUCCCGCCCUAGUCCUGGAUGCCUGUCUUAGGCCGAGAUUCUUGUCAGAACUUUGGUUUCCAGUGUGCACACCAGUCAGCCCCAACAGGUCUGGAUUCCCUUUGCAAGCCACCUCAGGCCAGUAUUCUUUUAGGGGCCACCAUCCCAAGUGGAUUGAUUUGCACGGAUUAGAUCCCUCCCCCUGCAGCGUCCGUCUCUCAGCAGCCCCUUCCCCAAAUCACCAGCAGCACAGUAUUUAGGAGCCCAGCAUCUGUGUAAUUGGUAGAAUUGCUGAAAUCUCCACGUUGGAUCUCUGUGCCUAAGCUGACUCCUGAAAUUCAGCUCAAUUCAUACCUUGUACAUGCGUCAAAGAAUACCAGCACAUUGCUGUUGUGAUAUGACUUGGGUGUGGUUCAGAGGUUCACGUAGAUUAAUAAAAGAAUGUCACAUGGUACGGCCAACCUCACAUGACGCAGAUUCGAGAUGAAUGUUUGGACAAUCUCACUUGGACUUCCCAGUAAAGGCACCUUAAAAGCUACCUACGAUUGAUGCCGAUCCCGCAGUUUACAUGUUCUAUAAUCUCUGGAAAACACAGCAGAAGCAGGGCAAACACUGGCUGUUGGAGCCUUCCAGUUCUGUGCCUAUUCUGGGAAGCUAGCUUGGAGGAGGUGCAGAGAUAAUUCUUUAGCAGUUUCAAAGUCUGAGCAGAUUUUUAACUUUGAGCAAGUUUUCCCCCUCAUUGCUCCAAUUUUCAUUAAAGGGGAAUUUGCAGCAAAUUAUAAUUUUAUAUAUAUAUAUAGUAUUUAUUUGAAUUUUAGCUGUCAAUUUGACUGAUGCAGUCCAUUUGCCUGUUGCCGGAAAUGCUGUGUAAAGACACGGCCACAAGAAGAACGAGCAAAUGCUGCCACUUGCUGGUCAUUAUUAUUACUACAGAUUAAUUUUCAGUGCGUGGCUGGAGUGGCCAAACACCUAAAACUGCUCGAAACAGGCACACUGGAAAGUGGUGUCUUGCAUUUUUUGAAGUGCAUAAGAGGAGAAGGACAUGUAUUCCUGUUUGUGAUCCAGAGCUGAUAGGGCACAAGUGUUUGGGUCGUUGUGAGUUAUAGGUCGUGAUGAAAAUUUUUUCCUCCCUGGGUGCAGUGUAUUUACCCCUUAUUCACAGAUGUAUCUUACUGCUCUAUUUUGUGAGUGAACUUCUCCUGGCACGCCCCUCUCCCACCUUCCUCCCAGCCCAGUGACAGCACAUCCCUGUCUCUGUCAGUGGCAAUGUGGAUGAAUUCAGUGUCCUAUUUUACACAAUUCUUUUCUAUCGUGAAACAGCCACAAAUUAAAAGGUACAGUUACACAUUUUGUUAAAUCAUUAACCUGACACUUCCACUGUUAAUGAUGAGUUCUUGUUCUGUUCAUGGAUGUGUUAGUGUACUGGGUCAGACUGUACAGUAAGACUUCCUGUAACAAGGCUUUCUCUGUGCAGAUGUUACUGUUAAACUUUUCAUGAAGUCUACUGGCAAAAGAAUAAAGUUAUAUUUAUUCUA